AAGAAUGAUCAGUUGUAGUGUCGCUUAGUCUAUACGUGAUAUUGUCAGUGGUCGCCUGUGCCUGUGACCAUGACUUUGAGACUGGUCGUCGUAAUACUUGUUUUUGGCUGUGUUUCGUGCAAGAGUUCAUAUAAAAUAUGUGUGCCACAACAGCAUCUGAAGGCCUGCGAGGACAUGCUCCAAGUGGAGACCAAGAGCAAAGCUGUACUUGAAUGUGUUGCAGCUAGAGAUAGAAUGGAGUGCCUGAGCUACGUGCAGCAGCGCCAAGCGGAUUUCGUACCAGUAGACCCUGAAGAUAUGUAUGUGGCGUCCAAGAUUCCCAACCAGGACUUCGUUGUCUUCCAGGAGUACAGGACUGAUGAAGAACCUGAUGCUGAAUUUCGAUACGAAGCUGUGAUAGUAGUCCACAAAGACUUGAAUAUCAGUAACUUGGACCAACUGCAAGGAUUGAAGUCUUGCCACACCGGAGUGAAUAGAAACGUCGGAUAUAAAAUCCCAUUAACAAUGUUAAUGAAACGAUCAGUCUUCCCCAAAAUGAAUGAUCAUACUAUUUCACCUAAAGAGAAUGAGCUCAAGGCUCUAUCAACAUUCUUCAAGAAGUCUUGCAUUGUUGGGAACUGGUCCCCGGAUCCCAAAACUAAUUCCGCUUGGAAAUCGCAGUACAAUCAACUAUGUGCUCUCUGCGAGGACCCACAAAAAUGCGACUACCCAGAUAACUAUAGCGGUUACGAAGGAGCUCUGCGUUGUUUGGCUCAUAAUGGAGGCGAAGUGGCAUUCACUAAAGUCAUCUAUGUUAGAAAAUUCUUUGGACUCCCGGUAGGAACCACACCAGCUAGUCAGUCUUCAGAGAAUCCUGACGAUUUUAGCUAUCUUUGCGUAGAUGGGUCUAAACGAGCAAUCAGAGAGAAAGCUUGUUCCUGGGCGGCCAGGCCUUGGCAGGGACUUAUGGGACACAACGACGUCUUAGCCAAGCUUACGCCCUUGAAGGAAAAGCUCAAACAGUUGGCAGAGAGCGGAGCCGCACUCAAACCGCAGCCAGAAUGGUUUGUUAAGGUCCUUGGUCUAUCUGACAAGAUUCACUAUGUAGCUGAUAAUAUCCCAAUCAAACCUGCCGACUAUUUGAUGAAAGCUAACUACACCGAUGUCAUUGAAAGAGGUCAUGGUCCACCAGAACCAGUUGUCAGACUCUGCGUAACCUCCAACGUGGCUCUGGCUAAGUGUCGAGCAAUGUCAGUUUUCGCAUUCAGUCGAGACAUUCGUCCGAAGCUAGACUGUGUUCAAGAAGCGAGUGAAGAUACCUGCUUAAAGAGCGUUCAAGACAACGGAGCAGACCUCGCGGCAGCGGAAGAUAUGAAUGUAGCUGGAGCAGCUAAAAAAUAUAACUUACAUCCAGUAUUCCAUGAAGUUUACGGAGAAAAGAAAAUGCCUAACUAUGCUGUCGCUGUUGUUAAGAAGGGUUCACAAUAUACGAAAAUGGAAGAUUUAAGAGGAAAGAGAUCUUGCCACAAUUCGUUUGAAUCAUUCAGUGGUCUACAUGCUCCGCUAUUCCAUCUCAUCAACAAAGGACUAAUUAAAAAUGACCAAUGUGUGAAGAAUUUGGGAGAAUUUUUUGCCGGUGGCUCAUGUUUGCCUGGCGUUGAUAAGGCUGAACAUAAUCCAUUAGGCACGGACGUGAUGAACCUCAAGAAACAAUGCACAAGCGAUACCGACCACAGCCCAUUAAGUUGUAUUGAAGGAAAUCGUGGUGACAUCGCCUUUGUGUCAAGUGCUGAUUUAUCAAAUUACGAUUCGUCAAAAUACGAGCUUCUCUGCCUAAACCGCGAUGCCGGUGGCAGGGAUUCUCUGGAUAAAUUUGACACUUGCAAUAUUGCUAUGGCGCCUUCACGCACCUGGCUUUCCGCGAAAGAUUUCCUGUCAGACGUGUCUAUUGCGCACACACCACUGAGUCUUGCGCAAUUAUUAUCCGACAGGACGGAUUUGUUUAAUAUUUAUGGAGAAUUCUUAAAGAACAAUAAUAUUAUUUUCAAUAAUGCUGCUAAAGGAUUAGCAACAACAGAAACAUUAGAUUUCGAAAAGUUCAAAACUAUCCACGACGUCCUUUCUAAUUGUGGAGUUGCUUAAAUACGCCUUAUUUUAAGUCCUAAUCUUAGUAUAUACUGACUUACUAACAAAAAAACACAUUCUGAUUUUUCAAUUUGUUACAUCACUUAUAAACAGGUUGAAUACAUUAA